AAGGGAAGCCCUAGCGCGUCCUCCAGCCGCCCGGGGCGGGAGGAAGUCCAUCCGCGGCGGGGGCGGGUUUGGGGCCGGGCCGGGCCGGACUGGGGCGCGUGAGCCCGCCCUCCCGGAGGACCUGCGCGGCCAUGGCGCUGCUGGUCGCCGCUCUGCGAGUCCUGCUGGGCGGCUUCUUCGCGCUCACGGGGGCGGCCAAGCUCUCGGAGCAGAUCUCGGCUUCUGCGUCGCAGCAGAUGAAAGCCCUGUUCGAGCAGUUCGCUGAGGUGUUCCCGUUGAAGGUGUUCGGCUACCAGCCAGAUCCCAUGAGCUACCAGGUGACCGUGGGCUGGCUGGAACUGCUGGCUGGGCUGCUGCUGGCCCUGGGCCCACCGAAGCUGCAAGAGAUCAGUAACGUUCUCUUGAUCGUGCUCAUGAUGGGGUCCAUCUUCACGUUGGUGUCUCUGAAGGAGUCACUGAACACCUGCAUCCCGGCUGUCGUCUGCCUGGCGCUCCUGGUGCUGCUGGAUAUCUGCCAGUUCUUAGUCAGAACUGAGAAGGUGGUCAGACCCACAAGGAAGAAGAUGCCAAGUUCAGCCAAGGGACCCUGAGAGUAGAGUACCUCUUGCUUCUCGGUGCUAUGUCCCUGUCACAGCAGGAACACAGAGGGACACAGAGUCAACCACCUUGUUACCAAUACAAUACGUCCAGGGUCAAAGUAUGGCCAUCGUUGAAAUAGACAUCUUGUCUACCUGGGCCUACUUUCUCUCUUGGACAUCUACUGCUCUUUUUGAUAUUUACUAGCAUUCCUCUUGUCACGUGAAAAUAAGCAGAAAAGAAAUUUAACCCACAAUGUUAAUGCCCCCAAAUAACUAUUUUCUAUUCCAUUGUUUAACUGUACUUUUCUAUGCUUCUAUACAGAUUUAAAAAAAUGAACACGAGACCAUA